CGUUCACCCAAUUUGGAAAUGCAUCUUCGUCCCUCCUCUCAUUCUGCUGUAUAAACACUAUUUAUGGGUUUUUUUUUCCAUAAUGGAGAAAUAUUUCGUGGUCGUCAAGUCGGCAUCACGUCGUAAAGGAUUCGACACCAAAGAGAGCAAGUCUAUACGAUACCAGCCAUAUAACGCGCCUGAGUGCCGACCGCUUAGACCCAAGGAGAAGAUAAAUCUUCUUCUAGAGCAACUGCCUGACUUUGAGACUGAACCAUCUCCGGCCAAUCUUACGAAACUAUUAUUGAGCACACUGCCCGACGAAUCAAAUCCUCUCACUCAUUCUGAUCUCGUUGAUCGUUCAGAUCAUGUUAUUUCAACGUCAACGGGUCACCAAGUUGCUGAAGCGCGUAUCUCUCGUAGAACAGAAUAUUUUGAGGCUCGUGCCCAGAAGCUCGCCCAACAGAGAGAACAAGGACGCUCUGAGAGUCAAAUCUUGCGCAAUACCCGCAUCUACAUCGACGGAUAUCUGUCUGGCACAACUGACAUCGAAAUGAAACGAAUUGUUACAGAGGCCGGUGGUACUGUUCUAAUGAGCGCCUCCGGUGCGACGCAUAUAUUGUCGUCCCAAUGCCUCAACGGCUCCAAGACGCACAAAGUACUUACAAGCAAGUCAAGGACACAAGUGCAGGUCGUUAAACCUGAAUGGGUAUUAGAUAGCAUUCAAUCGGGAAGACGACUACCGGAGAGAACGUACAAGUUGAUCAAGAGCAACUCUACGAAGACAUUGCAUGAUAUGUGGCACAGAUGA